CAAGAGCACAAAGGUCAGUAUUGCAAUUUCAAGGUCAUCUGUCCAAAAUGCUCUGCUGGUUUGCAAAACCUUGCAUUGAGCACGUCAGUCUAGUAAUUCUGCAACACACUUCCUACCCACAACCUAUAGCUCCUAGGUUUGAAGAUUAGCAUAGAAUCAUUAGACUACAUAAAAGGUGUCUAAGUGAUAAGCACGCUUGCAGAGCAGGAAAAAACAUCCCUUGGCCAAAGCAAUUGCUCAGCAGCAUUUAAACAAUAGAGAUAACUCUUGAUGACUCAAGUGAACAAAACUUCUCUAAGUAUCUUAUGUAUCAGCAAUAGGAAGGUUUCCCAGCCAUUAACAAUCUCUCCUAUAAAGGGACAGGACCGCUUCUCCUUUUCGGAUGGCAAAGGGCACCAGCACCCCACCUUGGAAGGAGCCGGGGGCAGCAGGCACCGAGUCCCCGCCCGCUCCCCUCUCCCCACUUUCCGGUUCGCUUCCCGGGCGGCCGCGCCAUUUGCAGGCGGUGCGCCGAGGGCACCCGAGGGCGACCGCACCUGCGGCUGCGACCCGCUCUGCCUCCGGGGAGGCUGACCUUGAGGCCGGGACCCGGCUGUCGGCUCCAGGCAGCGGCGUUGCCCCGGCACGACCUCAUUCUCCCCGCAAGGGCGCGGGGGGACAGGCCGCUCCCCCACACGCCUCGAGCCGCCGCCGGCAGAGCCCGGGGCAUUUGGGUGGAAGACAGGAACCUAUUCACCCAGAAAGGUUAAUUUUAAUCUCUCCUGAAUGGUGUUAGAAGCAGAGCAAAAGACUGUAUUUCCAUGACAUGAUGAAGAAGCCAAAGCCAUCAGGCUGUUUCUUUUCCACCU